GGUUUUGCACUAUCGCGAUAGUAGACAAAUCGAUAUGCCGACCGGAGUCGGUGUUAUCGAUAGUGCUACGAAGUUUUACUUCGACCUCCAAUUGUUUUUUUUUACAUUUUUCGCAAAAUUAAGUGUUUUUAAGAAUCCCUAUCGAAGUGCGAUUGCAGGUUCUGUACUCGGACCCUGCCCGGCAUAAUUUGCCGCUGGUCCCCGGGCUUGCGGCGAACGAAAUAGGGCUGCCCAGAGAGAAAUCGAACAUUCGCGAUGAGUGCCCAGCCCAGCCCCCUCAUGAACCCCCAGCAGCAGCAGCAGAGCGAGCAGGAGAAGGUGUACCAAUGGAUCAACGAACUGGCGCACCCCGAUACCCGCGAGACGGCCUUGCUAGAGCUGAGCAAGAAGCGUGAGACCGACUUGGCCCCCAUGCUGUGGAACAGCUUUGGGACGGCCUGCGCCUUGCUGCAGGAGAUUGUCAACAUUUAUCCGUCUAUAACGCCGCCGACGCUGACGGCGCAUCAGUCGAAUCGCGUAUGCAAUGCUCUGGCUCUGCUGCAGUGCGUCGCAUCGCACCCGGAGACGCGCACGGCCUUCCUGCAAGCCCAGAUACCGCUAUACCUGUAUCCUUUCUUGUCGACCACCUCCAAGACCAGACCUUUCGAGUACCUGCGCCUCACCAGCCUGGGAGUGAUUGGUGCCCUGGUCAAAACCGAUGAGCAGGAGGUGAUCACGUUCCUACUGACCACGGAGAUUGUGCCCCUUUGCCUCAGUAUCAUGGACAGCGGCUCGGAGUUGAGCAAGACCGUGGCCACGUUCAUCAUCCAGAAAAUAUUGCUGGACGAAUCGGGCCUGUCGUACAUCUGCCAGACCUACGAACGCUUCUCCCAUGUGGCCAUCACCCUGGGCAAAAUGGUCAUCCAACUGUCAAAGGAUCCGUGCGCCCGGCUGCUGAAGCAUGUUGUCCGCUGCUAUCUACGCCUCUCGGAUAACACUCGCGCCCGCAAAGCUCUGGGCCAGUGUCUGCCCGAUCAGCUGCGUGAUGGCACCUUUGCCCUGUGCCUGCAGGACGACAAGUCCACCAAGCAAUGGCUGCAGAUGCUUCUCAAGAAUCUGGAGUUGGGCGCCACACCGCAGCAGAUUGGCAUGUCACCGCUAGGCUCCUAAAUCACUGCCGCACUCUCUCAUUUAGGCGCUGCUCGCUAUAAUUCUGUCAGAGUCGCUUCUGGCAGAAUCAAAAUUGUAAAAUGAUAAAAUUGUAUGUACCGAUAUAUUAAUGUUAAUAUUAGUUUGACCCUGAUAGUAUAUAAUUUACACCGUAAAUAAACAACAAAAUGCAGAUGCAACGUUGAAA